GGCAAUCGACUUCGCUCUGACCCAAACUCACAGAAAGCAGCAGCUCCAAAAUGCAGGCGCUGUUGCGACCUACGUCUCGGUCCACCGCCGCCCCUUUGCUCCGGCCGGCCUCCUCUACCUCCUUGCUGCUGCCUCACCUCCCCAGCACGCCAUGCACCAUAACUCCUCUAUUCCUUCGCCGCCCAUAUCUCUCGACUUCGAGCGAAGCCCUGUCCCCUUCCCUUACCGGCUUCUUCCCCGGUUACCCAUCCCCGCUCCUCGGGCCUAAGCGCAGAAUUUCGGUCAACGCGGCCGCGAGCUUCGCAUCUUCUGGAGGAAAGUCCGAGAGGGCCAAGCUUGCCCAGGCCUCCAAAAAAUUAGGGAACAUGUCAAGACACUUUGAGCGGUUGGGAAGUCUAGGAUUCUGGUGGCAGCUAGUGUGCACUGUGGUGGCUGCUGUUAUUUUAUCAUUCUCCACAGUUGUCACUGGAAAUAUCAAGUCACCGGUUACAUUUUAUACCACUGCUUUUAGUGUUGCAGCUGCAUUUAUUUCAGUCUUUUGGUCAUUUGGUUACAUACGACUAUCAGAAAGGCUGCGAAGAACAGCAAAUGAACCUUCAAAGGCACCUCCACGAGCUGAUGUAGUAAAAAGUUUGAAAAAUGGUGUAGGGUUAAAUCUUCUGGGAAUGGGUGCUGCAAUUCUUGGCAUGCAAGCAACUGUUGGGCUAUUGUUCGCAAAAGUACUUACUACAUCGGCACUUCCAAACUACCAGGGGAUAAUAUCCCCUGGUCAGAAUCCUGUGUUGCCCUUGGAUGUGUUCCUAGUGCAGGCUUCUGCCAAUAUGAUCCUGUCACAUUUCUUGGGUCUUGUUUUCUCAUUAGAACUGCUGCGCUCAGUCACAUUGCCACACUCAGAAUCUGUUCCUGCCCUCAAAGCUGCAUAGGCUCUCAAUACAACGUGCUUCUUCGCCGCUUCUUUGCCGUAGCCACUCCUUUCGGUUCAUGCUGCUUAUGUGCCAAUUAAGUUGAAAACUUUGAAGUAGACGGCUCAACUGCCACAUUAUGCAUUUGCAACUCGUCGAGUGUGUUGAUGCUUGGAAGAGUAUAAUCAAGUUCUAGAGAUCAUAAUUUUCGCCUCUUGAUGAUUUAACCAUGUCCAAGAAGCUCAGCUAUUAUGGAGGGAUCUCUGGUGCUCGCAUGGAUGUGAUAAAAAAGGCUGAUUACUUUGUAGAUCAAAUAUUGUGAUUCUUCCAAAAUAUCAGAAGAAAUAUUAUCCCAUGUGAUCAAAGGCAGAAAUAGUUGGGGCUUUAUAUUAUUAUCAUUAUUUUUUGAUAAAGAAUAAGUGACGAAGAUAGAAUUUUAUCUCA